AUGAAACCAUAUCGUGAUAUUUCAAUGAAUACUACACAAACAAAUACAACUAAUGGCAAUAUAGAAGAUAAUCAAAAAGAAAAUAAUAAUUUAUAUUUAGAAAUUAUCAGACAACAACAAGAACUUGUUAAUAAAUUAUCUUUUAGUCAAAGGAAAUUUAUAAUCGAAGAUCGUGUAUUGAAAGCUAUUUCUGGUUUACGUCUAGCUAUUAUUAUUCCAAAAGAUAUUAAAUAUAAUAAAAAUAUUAAAUUAAAAAUCAAAAAUAUACUUCAAACAUAUUAG